ACUGAUAUGGAAAUCAACUUCAACGAAGGCAUUGUUUCCAGAUAUAGAAAUAACGUCGCAUCCGGUGUUCACCGUGCACCAGCGCGAGAAGGCGUCGCCAGUGUCGCAACCAACCACCCCUCGCUGCAAAAGUGGGACGACCUGCUCGGCGGCGCGGAGCGGGCACGCAGGCAUUCGGAGAUCGGAGAGUUGGCCUUCUACGAACGUCGGCCAUCGUACGCUCCGGUAGGAACUUUUGCGUGCUUUUGUUCCUGGAGAAGCUCGGUAAUGCCCGUUGCGAGCCCCCCGCACAAGGAGGCAGCCACCGUGUCGCGCUACCUGUUGCCCAAGCCUCCGCGGCACAGCCCGGCUUUAUUGUCGUCUUCGGGGGCUGGUUCACACCACGGCUUUUCGCCCGACCCUCAGGCUUGCCUUCAGGAGAUCCGUCAGCUUGCCUCGCCGGGCGGCCCACUGCCCCCGAACGAGCAUUCGUCGACGUCGCCCUUCGGUCGGCGCACGCCAUCCUUGGGGCCAUCGGAUCACUUGGAGCAGGGCCCUCCACCAGGUUACCACUCGCCCCUGUUGCACCAUAGAGCUUCUCCAGGUGGCUACGAUCUCCGUGAUAUAGCUCACAGGCGACCACCCGUAUCCGAUCAUCCCGGAGGCCCGCUUUCGCCGCUCUACUUCCCCAAUCUCAGACCGCCAGAGGACUCCAGGCAGAAAGCGAGCGAGAGCCCGAGCCGCAAGCGACUGAAGCUCUCCCUGGGAGCGGCGGCCGAAAUCCCGGGAACCCCUUCGCCUGUCCCGCUCGCUCCCCCGGCUGCCUGGGGUGAGGCGUCUCCGGUCCUGCGCAGGCGCAGCUCGUCGCACCAGCAGAGGCGCAUGGAUCCUCCGCCGCACCAUUCCGCUAGGUGCAGCAGCAACACUCCCAGGUGCCGUCGGAGUCCCAGCAUGCGGCGGCCCCGGUACCGCGAGCCUCCGCCUUCGCAGGGAGGCUGGCGUCCUAGUCCACCUCCAGAAUCCAGGGGAGGCUUUCCUGCAGCACGGGGAGGUCCCAGUCCGCCAGUGCGAAUACCGUGGGAGCCCCCCGUAGGGCUCCUAACAGCGGCCAACCCCGCUGCGGCGCCCCCUCCGCCGUUCCAACAGGCCGCUGCAGCCGCUGCUUCAGGCUUUGUCUUUGACAUUGCACAGCCACUUUUAUCCACGCCAUCUGGAUGGAGAGAGGCAUGUCGGGAAGACCCAGAACUGGUUGCUGGCAGAACUGAUUGGACAGGAGAGCAUCAUUACCAUCUCUUGGUACACAGACAGCUGCCGGUUCCAGUGACAUUGGCAUCGGCAGUCCCCGCGCAGACGUUUGCUGUGUGUAGCACAAGUGGCAGUGGUGCUAGUGGUAACAUGUCAGCGGCAGCACAAAGUGGCACAAACCACCCAAGUGCACCACACUACCACCUACCAAUCUUCCCACCCUCAUUCUUUGCGGCACCGGCCACGCUUCUAGCUGCGUCGAGUCAUCACCACCAUCAUCACGUGGCCCCGUGUGGUUGCUGCUUCCACCAUCAGUUGGCAGCACCGGCAACUGCAUUUUUACACCCUGGCCACCAGGUGGUGACACCUCUGCCACACCAGCGUCCUCAGCAUGCAGCAGCAGCACUUAUGACGCAGGGUCAGGACGCAGACCUUGACCUUCUGGCAGAGCAUGCACACCAUCCGCAGCGGGCAGCUUCGUAUGCAGGACUGUCGUCCUCUCUGGGUCACCAUCACCACCACCACCACCAUCACCCUGGCAGUGUAGGGGGCCCACAUUCCCCUUCCCCUCCAGUGUCUCACCUCCUCCAAGACCCCGUAGGGGCCAUGGGGGCACAGUCGGACUUCAUUUGCAUGGGUCCCCACGUACAUGCCAGGCGCCUCCUUCACGGGCGACGCAAUGUGAACCGCCGCUGGCGAAGUCCCCUAGUGGCGCCCUCCCCGCGACCUGCGCCCCACCCGGGUUUCCUUUUGCACCUCUUUGCCAUGCUGUCAAACAACACGAUGCCAGCAUAUGCCCCCGAGAUUGCCAGCACAGAGUCUCCGGCUGCGGAAAACUACGAGGCCCUUCUAAGUCUGGCUGAACGUCUCGGUGAAGCUAAGCCGCGAGGACUUCCCAAAGCAGAAAUUGAGCAGCUGCUCUCGUACCGUUUCAACCCGGAGACGCACGAGUCUGAGCAGACGUCAUGUGUGGUGUGCAUGUGUGAUUUUGAAGCACGGCAGGUCCUCCGUGUACUUCCAUGUGCGCACGAGUUUCACGCACGCUGUGUUGACAAGUGGUUGAAGAACAACCGGACGUGUCCCAUCUGCCGAGGCGACGCCUCUGAAGGAAGCCAGAGCUCGGAAUGAGUGAAUACACACAGUGAGAGCAACCGUCUUCAUGCACAACUACGGCAGUGAGCCCACACGGGUGCCAUGACCGAUCUGACUUUUCCUCCAGUUUCGUUCUGUGUGAUGCCUUUCCUCCUGUAUGUACAAAUAUGCUUUGGUAUCACCGAUUGAAGAAAAAUGCUGGCUGGGCAUAUCCGCUGGUUUGUGUGUGCCUGCAGGUCUUGCUUUCCUUUGAGUGACAACUGCAGCUGUGUGUGGGUUGGUUGUGGAGCUCAGAAGCUGGACUCGGAAAUUUCGGCGGCUUUUGCGGAACCAAAAGAAAGAAAUAGGGAGCGGUUGUUUGUUUUCUCUCGACUGUCCCAGUUAGGUGAUGCCGUAUUAGUGCAAUAGGUUUUUUCCUGCACUUCUUCUUCCCGGCGGACGCUAGUCCGUAGCUUUGCUCAGGUUCGGUUUGACUACACACGUUUCUGACUCCACAAUCAAGAGUGUACUAGCUAGCAGCACUUUGUUAGUUCUAAUACAUGUAGGUCUUUGUGCAGUUACUGUUCACCAUAUACCGUUUGCUGGGUUUGCGUUUACUGCAGGUACUGUGAAGCACUGCUUGGACUGUUGGCACAAAACUGUUCUUGCAAUUUUCGCACUCGUGUCGUCAGGUCUUAGGACUCGCCGGAAAACAAAACGAAACAAAACAAAACAAAAAAAAACCUUUCAGUACCACUUCUCAGGCCGGUAGAUGGCAGUUUGUUCUUGUUAAUUGCAAAAGUGGGAAGCCAGUGUCUCAGUCAAUGUGUUACCUAGCUUUUCUUUGCAUUACUCACUGUGCUUAGUAGGGACUCUGAAAGUUCUGGUCGGGGCACGAGUUUGUCUGGACGUGUUUAAAGGCCGUUCUACUAUGAAGAAAUUAUCACUUUUCGCGUCUCGUGAGUCGGCGUGACGUGCUGCCACGGGACGAGCAGUGACAGGACCCAGUGCAUUUAAUCACAAAAUCUGGCGUAGCCUAUUUUGUACGCCCUGCUUAGAGGGUUUUGACGGAAUAUUGCACGUAUUCGUAUGUAUCCUCGGUUAGCUUUCCGGUGCCAACUCUCCGCACCAGACGCUAGCCUCGAGGAGUUCUUCCUCCUUCGUUCGAUGUGAGACGACAAACCCACUUGCGACAUUGUAUAUUUAAAAUGGAUCAUACCACGUUGUUAUGUAAGAUUUUUUGCUCAUGCAUUCACAUUACCACAUUAUUUCGUUACGUUUGUUUGCCCACCUUUUUUGUUGUAUUGUUGCGUGGAACUCCCGACUCGACGUGUAGUUUCACAUUUAUGUUUUUGCUGCUGCAUGUUUUGAACAGUCACCUGGCGUGUGUGUGUGUGUGUGUAUGCCUGUGUAUGAAAAACGUGCGAUUGUCAGCUCUUUCUGGGCCUUUGAAAGGGUACCAGCACUGAUUGCUCACUACCACUACUCAAUGAGAUGAGUUCCACUUUGGCAUAGCGUAGGUUACUAUUUUGUCUAUUGUUUUUUAUCUCCGACAUUGACUUGCGUUAUGGCGGGACUACACUGGUUCUAGAUGGAGUACCUUCUUGUUUCACCCGGAGUUUCUUUCUAUAACGUAACAUGAGGCUGAAUAAAGCCCAGACUUUUUUUUUUUUUUUCUGAUGCGGAAUAGGAAAAAAGAAACACUUGUUGCUGCCUACAUGUUUCCAUUCCAAAAUGCCUGGACAAAGUACCUACCUUCUCAAUAUGCACUUGCUUCUGUCCCAAAGUGGGCAAAAUUCCUACUUGUUUCCCUCUCUCUCCAUUUCCGUCCCAAAAUAUGCAAGGCAUUUGCUUGUUUCGCCCUGUAUGUUUUUUACAAAAUAGACAAAUAUUGCUUUUUAUUUUUGUGUAAAAAAAAAAAAGUGCAGGGAACCCAAUAAAUUAUUCUCUGUCGUGGUUCCUGUUCAUAAAACUGGCUAGAAGCUUUCAUACAGAUAAGCUAGCAUUUUGCUGGGAGCACGAGGCCGCCAGAUUCUCUCCGAUUAGAGCAUUUUGCCCACAUUCUGCAAUUUAAUGACGAAGGGGAAAAUGUUCUCUUGCCAAGAAAAUCGUGACCGAGUGAACACUUGUGCUUUGAGUGUAGCGUCCUUGUUUAUGUUGACCAAAAGCUUGUUUCUUUUUUCUCAGGGCCUUCACAAAGAAAGCUGUAUAAAUGAUGUAUGUGGUCUCUGCAAGUGUACUAUAAGGCUACUACCCCAAUGAACUCGUGCUUGCUCGCACGAAACGGAAUAUACCUGGCUGCUUUUCUAUUAUUCCCAACGUGGUUUCCCCCUCUAGGGUACCUAACCAUUCCAUCUUGUUUAGCAAUGUAUUGCUGCUUUUUUUUUUUUUUUUUGGCCGGUCAUAGCAAGAGUGGGUUAGCGCGACAGUAUUCCUCUAGCAGCCCAUUACGCAGGUGUUUUUGCGGUGCCAAGUAAACACUACUUCCCUCCAAGAAAAAGCCGGCUUCUCCGACAGUGCAAUAAUUCCUCUCAGCGGGGACCCACACGGAAACAGCACGCUAAGACGCGCCCCAUCCACGCCCCCCACCCCACCCCCCUUGAUCUCAGUGUGUGCUCCUCAGAGGAGGAGCUUUGUACAUAUAAUGCUUCCCCACGUUGGCAAAGAUUUUUUGGAUACAAUUGCAAUACCUGUAACAGUGUGGCCCGUUCCUCAGGAGUCCAUAGUGUCACGUGCCCGCUGACAUCGAAAGCUAUUUUUUAGUGAUUCUCGAUAAUGCCUUCCAUUUAAAGAAACAACAACAACAACAACAAAAAAAAGAACCUCUCUCUGGCACAAGGCGGCGAGGAUUUAACCUUCGCCCCCCCUUGUUCCGUCGCUUUGUGAUUGCUUGUGUGUGCACAGAGUCGCUCGUAAUUGUUCCGACACCUUCACCGAGAAAUAACCAGACCCUGAAGUUUUCGGGUUUUAUUUUUUUCCAAAUUUGGGGGGUGAAAAAAAUCAGGUCAAUAGCUGAAUGUAAAAAAUUCGUGCAAAUUCGGGUGUAAAAAUUACCAUCCGACUCAAUUCGGGCAGAAAUCGGGCUUUAUUGCAGCUUAAACGUUCGUUCUAGCGCUCAUCCAGAGUGUCAGAAGUAUCAGAAGUAGAGGUCAACCGUGUAUUUUUUUGAAAAAAUUAGUACGUCUUUACCUUCAGGUGCAUAGCUUAGGUGCAGUUUUGCGGGUAGAAAUCGGGUUUAACCCGAAACAGGUGGACCUUGAUUCGGGGGUGCAAAUUCGGAGAAAAAUCAGGUUUAACCCUAAAACUUCAGGGUCUAAGAAUAACGCAUCCAUGUACGUCACAGAAAAGCAUCUGCACUCUGUCGUUACGAUUGUCUUCCUAUUUGCAGGUUCAAGUAGGGGAUUUGUUCUUGUUUCAUUGUAUCUUCUUUUUUUUCUUUGUGCCAUUCUGCAGUGUAACUGUUUGUAGGGGCAUUAUUUAAUGGGAGGCAGCGUACGUACCGUUUGCAAGCAGACGUCGCCUGCCGCGCAAAGCACUUGUACAAAAUGUGAAGUACUUUGCACAUUCGAGCGCGCAAUCCGUGCCUGUUUCCUAAGCAUCGGGAAGGCGUACCUUUAGAUUUUUUUUUUAAAGGAAUCUCUUUCUCUCUCUCCGCUAGUUGCACGUGUUUCUUCAAAGUAUCGCGUGGCCGAAAGUGUGGUGCAGCAUUGGGGAGGGGCGCACGGAGCAAAAUGAGAUUAGGCACGCGGACACGGACAACGGGCGGCUGGGAGUUCGAAAACGGAUUGGCUCUUCUUUUACGUCUCUCGUCUGUCGCACUUUAACUGUACGGUGUGUGCUUUUAGACAUUCCAGUUUUUUCUGACGAUAGGCCCACUUUCUAUGCAAAGUUUCCGUGUCUAAGCAUAACCUGCGAAUCGUCUGAUCCGGAUCACCCUAGGACGUUGCCCGACGUUUUUUUUUUUUUUUUUUUCAAAAAACACCUAGGCACCUCACUUUCAAGCUGUGUAUCGAGAUUGUCCAAAAAAAAGUUAACCUUCCCAGAUGGUCAGAUUUGAAUUCUAGUGCAAGUCCCGAAGUGCCAAUAAAUUCAGUACCACAUUUGUGUGCAUUUACAUGUGCAGGCUAUAUGAAAAUUCAGUUCAUGUUUGAAUGUGUUCAUUUCAUGUGUGUUUGUAUAAUAAAAAUUUUUAAUCAGUA